AUGGAGAACUACGCAUUGAAUAAUUCAUCCUACCCGGAUUCCGUAAAUUCCUCCCCAAGGUCCCUCGAAAAUUCCUCCUGGGAUGAGGCCAUUUCUUCUUCAUCUGCCUACUUCAAAGUCAAGUUCUUGUGCGGUUACGGCGGUAAAAUCCUCCCCCGCCCUCAUGACAACCAGCUCACUUACGUCGGCGGCGACACCAAAAUCUUAGCCGUCGAUAGGAACGUCAAGUACUCCAUGCUCAUCUCUAAACUCUCUUCGCUUUCUGAUUCCUCUGAAGUAAGUUUUAAGUAUCAGUUGCCCGGAGAAGACCUUGAUGCGUUAAUUUCGGUUACCAACGAUGAGGAUUUGGAGCAUAUGAUGCUCGAAUAUGACCGUCUUCAUCGGUCUUCAGCUAAGCCGGCGAGGCUGAGGCUGUUUAUAUUUCCGUUGAAUGCCAACCCGCCGCCGUCCGUGAGUAGUUUUGAGUCGGAUGAUUCCAAGGCUGAGAGGCAGUGGUUUGUUGACGCGUUGAAUGCUGCGCAGAUUAAUCAGAAUUUGGAGGGCUCUUCUCCGCAGUCUGUGGCGGUUUCUGGGGUGGAGGAGCCGGCGAGGAGCCCUGAUUUUUUGUUUGGUUUGGAAAAGGGUCAUCCCACGCCGGCGAAGUUGCAGGAUCCUCCGCCGGUGGCUCCUACGGUUAUGGUACGGCAGGUGAUAGGCGAGCCCGUGGUUCCUCCGGCGGCGGAGAUUCAACGGCAGAUGCAUGAGUUGCAGAAGAUGCAAAUUUCAGGCCAUGAUCAAGAUUUGUACAGGAGGAAAGUCGAUGAGUUUUACCAGCAAAAACCUCCACCCCAGGCUCCUCAGGCGGAGCAGGUCGCGCCGGUGACAACUCCGGCGACGUAUUGGCAGGAAAGACAAGGGCCUUUUCCAGCUGGGGUUGGGGGAACCGAGCCUCCUCCUAUGUACCUAAUUCAAACUCCGGCGGGGGUUUAUCAAGCUCCGGCGAUGAGACAGGUCCCCGGCCAAGUGGGCCAGCAGUACUUCGGAGUGCAAAGGAUGGUGCCAGAGGCUUACCGGGAACAGCCGGUGUAUAAUCCGAUGGGUCCGCCUGCAUCUUCCUCGAUGAUUCAGCAACAAAAGAUUGGUGGGGCCUACACAUCUGACGGGAUUGGAAUCGGAUUGGUACGGCCACCAAUUGCUUCUGAGCCAGGGUAUGCGCAAGUUAGCUACGACGGCGCAGGAAGGCAGGUCUUCUGUGCUGCGCCUGGAGGUGUGAACGUGAUGCACCAUCCUCCGCCUUAUCAGGCGGUGCCCACGGUGGCUCCCACCUUCGACGUUAGACAGGCUGGUGGAGUUUUGAAUCCCGACGGCAAAUUUGUGGUCAAGUGA